GCCUCCAGCAAGAUAAAAGAAUUGCGCUGACGGGGGGGCGGAGGGAGCAGCAGGAUGGCAUUCGGGGCAAAGGCACGAGUGUGGCUGGCAGGGCCCUGGCCGUCCCCGGGCAGGGCACGCGCACCGGGCGCCGGAGCCGCUCCGGCCCCCAAGGCGGUGCUGCCCUUCGAAGCCAUACCGCGCUGUCCCGGCAACAAGUGGACGAGGUUGCUGCAGAUCUGGAAGGAGCGGCGCCUGGAGAACCUUCACCUGGAGGUGCACCAGCUCUUCCAGGAGCUGGGGCCCAUUUUCAGGUAUGACGUGGGAGGGACACGCAUGGUGCUCCUGAUGCUGCCCGAGGAUGUGCAGAGGCUACAGCAAGUGGACGGCCAUCAACCGUGGCGGCCGCCCCUGGACCCCUGGCUGGCCUACCGACAGCAUCGAGGGCACAAAUGUGGCGUGUUCUUGCUAAACGGGCCCGAAUGGCGCAUGAACCGACUGAAGCUGAACCCAGACGUGCUGUCGCCUCAGGCCGUCCAGAAGUACGUGCCCAUGGUGGACUGGGUGGCAAGGGAUUUCUCGAAGGCCCUGAAGUCGCGAGUGCUGCAGAAUGCCCGGGGGAGUCUGACCGUGGACAUCCAGCCCAGCAUCCUCUACUACACCAUAGAAGCCAGCAAUCUAGCCCUUUUCGGAGAGCGGCUGGGCCUCCUUGGCCACAGCCCAAGUCCUGCCAGCCUGAACUUUCUCCGGGCUUUGAAGGCCAUGUUAAAGUCUACCGCGCAGCUCAUGUUCAUGCCCAGGGUCCUAUCACGCUGGACAAGCACCCAGCUGUGGAAGGAGCACUUUGAGUCCUGGGACUACAUCUUCCAGUAUGCCAACAAUGCCAUCCAGAAAAUCUACCAGGAGCUGGCCCUCAGCCGCCCGGAGCACUACAGCGGCAUCGUGGGGGAGCUGCUGACGCACGCGGACCUGAGCCUCGAGGCCAUCCGGGCCAACUCCAUCGAGCUCACCACCGGGAGCGUGGACACGACGGCCUACCCCCUGUUGAUGACUCUCUUUGAGCUGGCUCGAAACCCUGAAGUGCAGCGGGCCCUACGCCAGGAGAGCCUGGGGGCCGAGGCCAGGAUCUCGCAGGAUCCCCAGAGCGCAACCUCGGAGCUGCCCCUGCUGCGGGCGGCCCUCAAGGAGACCUUGAGGCUGUACCCCGUGGGGAUGUCUGUGGACCGCAAGGUGGCCUCGGACGUGGUGCUGCAGAACUACCACAUCCCGGCAGGGACACUGGUCAAGGUGCAGCUCUACUCCCUGGGUCGAAACCCCUCUGUGUUCGAGAGGCCCGAGUGCUACCAUCCCCAGCGCUGGCUGGACAACAGGGGCUCUGGCACCAGAUACCCACACCUGGGCUUCGGCUUUGGUCUGCGCCAGUGCCUGGGGCGGCGCCUGGCAGAGACAGAGAUGCUGCUGUUGCUGCACCACGUGCUGAAAAGCUUCCUGGUGGAGACGCUCAGGCAGGAGGACUUAAAGAUGACCUACCAGUUCGUGUUCGUGCCCUCCACCCGCCCCCUCCUCACCUUCCGGGCCAUCAACUAGUCACGUCACCGCGCCGUCGGGCCGGCAGUGCUGCCAGCCCCCUUCCGCCUGCCCCCGGCCACCCUCGUGUUCUCCCACGGACCCUGCUUCCGGAGCCACAGCACUGUCCAGCCGGCGCCUCGCACCGAGGGGCAGGGGGAUGAAUCUGGCCGCAGGUCCUGCCUGUGAGCCCAGUGCCACCAGCGCCUUCUCCAGCGAGGAGCGCCAUCGGAGGGCCUUGGCCCCCGUAGCCCCCAACACUAGCUCCAGGGGCUUCAGAUCCGCCCCCACCCCCACCUGCCUGUCCAAUCUCAUAUCCCCUCUGUACUCAACCCGCCCCCACGCGGAACAGACAGGUUGGCGCCCCUGUCCUGCUCACCGCCACUCCAAAGGCCAGACUCUUUGUCUGCAUUGGUCUUGCCAGCCUAGACCUUGAAGCGGGGCCAUGAGUCGUCCCCCUGCCUGCUCUGCUCAGUCCACUUGGGCUCCUCCCGGCCCUGCCAGUGCUCUG